GGGAAUGUUGUGCGCCUAACAUGAUGUGAGCAAUUUUAUUCACAAUCCCUUUAUAUGUUAGAAUGUAAUAAAUUGAAAAUAUUUGUAAUAAAACUGCAACAUUAAAUUGUAGCAAUCUAGUCAUUUUGUGUGGUAAGGACUAACUGUUAUGGGUCUUCAAUUCAAUGUAUUUAAUCAGAUGGCAAUUACUUGUGGAAUAAGAAACCCUUAAUUUUAACUAGGGUUUACAAACUUCUCUUCUAGACAUUUUUGAGUUUUGCAUUCCAUUACUUUUUUGGUAUGGCAGGUGCAACCCAUUCUUAACUAUGCAAGUGUUACCAUGUUUCUUUUUUUGUUCAUUUUGUGCGCAUCUACCUCUUGUGGAUGUAGGUACACCAUAUACUAUUCUCCAACUAAAAAGAUAAACACCAAAGUGAUCCUAUCCACCUCUAAUUUCACCAGUCUAAUAUAGAUAGUAGCUGAUUGGUAUUUGUUUUCGCUUUAGGGCAUUACACAUCUUGGUGGCUUGGGAUCCUUGGAAUUAGAACUUUCAUGUAACUAUGUAGAGCAUUACGGCAUGAAGAUGUGAGACCUCUUCAUGUUUGGGGUUGGUGCCAAUAUGUGGAGAUUAAAAAUAGUAGACAGGGCAAAUCUAGUGCUUUGUCUCUACAACCCCCUCCCCAAUACCCAUAUCACGGUUAGUCCUGCAACAUUCCCAUUGCUUAGAAGUUGCUCAAAACAUAACAACCUUCCCAAACCCUUAUUAUUUCAAAAUAUUUUCAAUUCAUAUCAUAAACAAGGAUAAUCCACCUUCUCCUCUUUCAUAUUUAAAAAUAUUUAUCUUUUUGCACUUCCAAACACUAAUUAUUCUCACAUUUCUGGAGAAAUGCAACUAUUAAUGGAUAAAUCAAAUCUAGAGAAGCUUAAUGCAUGAGGCGAGUUGAGCUUGAAAUAAACCUUAUCCAUAAUUAUAUGUAAUGCCCAAUAUCCGCAAUGUACAAAGUCUAACAAUGCAUUGUAAACCAAAGCUAGCAACCUUUACAAAUGUGCUAUUUAAAAAUAAGCUUCGUGUCAACUUUUAUUUGGGAAAUACAAAAUACUUUUUUUAACAAAAAGAGUGGUGCACUGGAUCUUAUUCAAUUUACUACACUAGAUAUCUUAAAACUUUCUCUUGGCUAUGGCAGUGCACUUUCAUGUUCAGUUGGCACAGCAACGGUACAUGAAUGUCUUACUGUAAAUGAUUGCUACACUAGUGUCUCUAUGGCUCACAAUUACCCCCUCCCCUAGCUCCAUUUUUUAUCAAUGCAAUAAAAACAGCAAGCUAGAGGUUUAGUAAUAAUAUCAUAACCCAAAAAACAAUUUUUUUUUGACAUCAAUGCUAAAUACAAGCUCUAUAAACAAUAUUCCUCUUACACCUUGCAAAAUAAAACUUGUGAUUCAUUCAUACAGUUUGGAGGAUCAAUUUGCAAAAGAUCAUAAUAAUAAAGCUCUGGAAAUAAAAAGGUUAGUUAUUUUACUAAAACUGUUUUUCCUGUGACAUCUAAAUUAUGAUUUCAUCCACAGUACUUAUUUUAAUUUGUAGGCAAAUAUAACAUAAGCUACAUUACAUCUUCCUCCAAGAGCUUCCACAUUUGUAGUUUGCUAAUCACUUUCGAAGCAGGUUGAAUAUGAUAUUCCACAAUGUAGUGAAGGUAUUCAUUCCCCUGGUGAUUGCAUUGACAUUCGUGAAGCACAUAUGGUCAUACCACAAGGUGGCAAUGUAAUUUAUGCUGUCGCACACCAACAUACUGGAGGGGCUGGCAUAACACUUUAUGGCCAGGAUGGUCGAGAGAUUUGCACAUCGUUGCCAAUUUAUGGUGAAGGAAGAGAGCCUGGUAAUGAAACUGGUUAUAUUGUUGGAAUGGGCUCAUGUUAUCCAGAGCCUGGGAGCGUACAGAUACAUGGCGGGGAGACUCUAAAAUUACAAUCCAUAUAUAGCAAAGAACGCAGUCACACAGGUGUUAUGGGUCUUUUCUAUCUUCUCAUAGCAGAUCCCAUGGAAAACAGGGCUCUCUAUUCUCAUCAACCAGAACAAGCAAGCUCGCUUCAUGUAAACAAAUUUCUUCCAAUUGGCCUUCUGAUUGCCUUUGCCCUCUUCGCUGGAGGUCCAUAA